AUGGAUGGGAUUUCAGAGCCCUCGAAUGCCUUGUUUGAUGCCAUCAGAGUGAACGAUAUUGAGGCGGCUCGACAAGCUUUGGAAGACGGGGCCGACCCAAACGCCAAGGAUGAAGAUGGGAUGACACCUAUUUGGAUUGCAGCAUGUGAAGAGGAAAACAUCGAUCUGAUGAAGCUGCUGCUAGAGCAAAAGGCCAAUCCGAACUUUCAGGAUCCCUUGGACGGGGAGACGCCUCUUUAUAGAGCAGUUAUUAGAAGGGAUCUCAAAAGAAUGGAGCUUUUGCUGGAACACAAGGCCGACCCCAAUCUCCAGCAACAUUUGUGGGGAUCGCCCCUGCAUCGUGCAGCCUACUCAUAUGAUUACGAGCAGAUCAUAGACCUGCUUCUGGAGAACGGAGCGAAUCGCAACUUGAGGAGAUCUAGAGAUGGAGCUACAGCUUUAUACAUGGCCGUAGAAGGCGCACAGGUCGAGAAUGCCAAGAGGCUGUUCAAAGACGACUCGGAUCUGGAGGUCAUCGACGAUUGCGGAAGGACAUUGCUGCACAUGGCAGCCAUUUCCGGGGAAUGGGCAUUCUUCGAUCUAUUUUGGAGCAGAGGAAGAUGUCCGAUUGACGUAAAUGCACUGACAGCCGAUGGUGAAACACCAUUGUUUUUCGCGGCAGAGUCAGGAUCAUUAUCUUAUACAGAAUGGCUGCUUGGCCAUGGUGCUUAUGUCGAUGUCAAGGACAAAUCUCGGGGCAACCCAUUUUUGCGAUGUGCGGAAGGUGGCAAUGUCGAAAUUGCGAAGCUCUUGAUUGAAAAGUGUGUAUCGAUGAUAUAUGCUGUUGAUUAUGAGAGCCGUGGAGCCUUGCACCAUGCUGCUAAAUGGGGCCGUUGGGAAUUUCUGGAGUGGCUGUUUCUCCAGAACCGCGAAGCUAGCGGAGUGAGUCUGGAAUUGAAAGAAGGCUUGGAUCCAAACCGACCUGAUUGUCACGGAAUGACUGUCGUCCACUUUGCACUACACUGGUGGGAACCAUUGACAGCCGAGAGGCUUUUGAAGUUCUGUAAGCCGGAUGUUGUCAACAAAGUGGAUGAUAUGGGAAACACGCCACUACAUAUUGCAUUUCUCCGAAGAUGUCCCGAUGUUAAAAUUCGACAUAUGAUGAUAGACAAGAUGUCUUCGAGUGCCUUGGUCAGAAGAAAUGAUGAUGGUGAAUCUAUCUUGUCUCUUGCGGUUGACGAAGAUAAUGGGAAUGAAACUAUGGCACUUCUCCUCAGUCUCUUCAGGCGCCCACUGGAUGUUGAAGACAAUCGACCCGAUACCUGGCCGACAAUUAUCCGCAGUGAUCGUGAUCAUAUUGAAGCCAUUGCAGAAAAGCUCAAAGGCAUAUUUCCAACUUCGGGUAUUCCCAACGUUAUUUUCUGGGCGGCUAGAAAUGGCGCUUGGGAGCUGGUCGAUCAUUCGCUCGCCGUUUUGGAAUCGGAAGAUGAUAAGACAGAGAUCAUUUCAAAGGCCGUAUACUGGGCAUCUGCAAGUAACCAGAGCGAUAUUGUUACCAAAUUGAUGGUCAAUCACAAAGAACAAAUACGCAACAAAGAAAACACCAUCAAAGCUGUCAAGGUUGCUGCUUUCAGCGGUUAUGGGCCUAUUGUUAGUUUCCUGCUCGACAAUAUUAGAACAGAUGAAAACAAGCCAAAGAAUCCAGCUUGCAAGGGACUUUUUUGGGCAGUGACGUGGGAGAGUGAACAUGCAAGAGAGGUUGUUCGACACUUGCUCAUGCGUGGUGAGACUCCCUUCUCUGUUGCAGAUAAUGGUCAAACUGUUCUUGAAUGGGCCACAAAAUAUCAUCAGGAGGCAAUGAACAAUGAAGGCAAGAAGCAAUUUGACAUGCUUGGGCUUCUUGAAAGCCCAAUUCGAGUACCGCCCAGGCCAGAAGCACCCCAAAAGCCAACAAUAAGUGGAGAACUGGAAGAAGAAAUGAGACAGCAUUUGUGCACUAUUUCGGAUUUCUAUCGCCUAGGCAGGGACUUCUACACAUUACAAAGAAAGAGCGACUGUUACGAGGUAAUCUACACAGAUGGCCCGGAAAAGAAAAUGAAAGAAUCAUGGAGCGAAUGGGGGCCCAAGGCCAAGUGGAGGAUGCCUGACUUUCGAUGGAUUCACCUACCCUUGAAUGACUGGGAAAUGGCUCGAGAUCUAAUGGAUAUGAUCUAUUGCGAAUCUUUCAGAUCUGAUCUGGAAUAUACACACUGGAAGAACUUUGUGGAAAGAACUCGAAAAGAGCAUUCUGGGUCGGCACGAUCACGCUUCAUGUACCCAACAUUACACUUCCAAAUGAAGGAUCAUGGGUCAGGGGAAAGCUCUACCUUGAUCCAGUUUCUCGACAAUGAAGCAAAGCUGGGGAAGCAGGAGUCGGACGAUAAAACAAAGGCCAGCCAGGACCUCUCUGGGGGAGAAAGUCGACAUGCAACGAAGCCCGAUGCCCCACAGUCGGUUGAUGCUCCCACCAAACCGGAAAGUAAACUGGAGACCACAACACCUGAUAAAGGUGUGAUCGCCGAUGAUGGCCAGCAAGGAGAUCCAGAAGAUACAGGACAUCGCAUCCAGAUACUAGGGGAGCCAAAAGCAAUUGUGCCUGCGCCCUCACUGGGUGAAAACUUGGGUGGCUCUCAAGGGCAACUUGAGAGUGACCCACGUCGAGUGCCAGCAGAUAACGAUGACAAAAGAUCGAUAUUAAGCCAAACCCCCAUCAUUGGCGGGCCAGGAGGAUAUGGCAGCAAUAUUCGGGACGCGCGAAACAACAUGCGCAGUACCUCGCAACAUCCAAGACUCGAUGGCGGAAACGUUCUAAAUGCUAAUGAGCAAGAGCAAGUGGAGCAAUGCAGGCUUGCACUCUAUAUGCCUUUUUUAGCCUUCCAAACCGUGAGAGAGCAGAGAAAGAGAAGACAAGACAUCAAACAAGCCGAAGUUGCCAGCCCAAUCGGGUUGUCUGAAGACAUCCCAGCGAUUGUGACUGAACGAAAAGAUGCUUGCAAGGGACUAGCUACCGCUGCGGUUCCCAAACUAAGAGACCCAAAUUGCAAUCCCUUCAUCAAAGGGAUCAUUCACAAUGCCAUUCGAUGUAUAACGGGGGACCCUGAAACCUCCGAGUAUGACAGCAUGGAUCCCCAAAAGACCAUAGCAUUGUUACACCGUCAUGUUGACUGUGCUGGCAAUGAAGACAAUUCCCUUUCCGCCCGGGGUUCUUCAUUACGCAAAGGUUCAAGCCGUCGUAUGAAGAAGGUAGCCACUACUGAUAUGAUCGAGGCCAUCGAGUAUUUCAUUGAUGCGUUGUCUCUGGCUAAAGAUGAUGGUACCAAGAAGAUGAAACAGAGCAAGGGCUCUAGUAAAGACCAGAAAAAUACCUCUUUAAGCGGUGGAUCGCACACGACUCAUCAUCAACACACUAGCAAAAAACCGCUUGCUUCCGCUGACUCGGAUGGUAAAGGAAAGCGUGGAUCAAACGCCUCACAGUCUCGACAACGACACGAAUCGCGCACACUGGAUCAAUACUUCUAUACUUCUUUACCUGAUACCGUGAGACGAGACGCAGAUCAAGUCAUUAGGCGCUAUCAGACGAGAAAGAGUAGUUCACGCGCACAUCAUCUCCAUAGGGAACAAUCGUCUACAGAGACGAGAACGAGUUCACGGCCACAGAGCAGUGAACAAAGCACCAACAAGUCUCUCACUCCAAAUUUGGAAUACGAAGCAGACUUCAAGCUAUGUAUGGUAGAUCAAUUGUGGCUAUGGGUUCUUGACGAAAAAACCAUCAUCACAUGCUUUCCACAUACUGAAAAGAAUCGAACACGAGACAAAGAACACCAAGACUCUCCAUUAGAUCGUAUCCAUGAACACAUCAAUCAAGAAAUGCGCCCUCAGAUCCAAAAUGUCUACCAUCUCGCGGCAUUGAUCACCAGCUUCUGCGUGAACUCGAUUGAUGAAUGUGAAGCACGGACCGGAGAGGGCUCAGAAACACUUUUUGAUAUGUUUGCAGGAUCUAUAGGUUUUGUUGCCAAUGAAGAAGUCAACCUUUUCAAAUCCUUCAGGAACGGUCUGGGGAUGGACGAUCACUACCUGUCCCUUGAUCGCGACAUCGAACUCCUGGAAGAGAUCAAAGACAUCCGGGACGAGCUCAAUAUUCUUGAGCGUAUAUUAGACGACCAGAAGGAUCUCACACAGAAGCUCUUCAGUCUAGUGGGUAAAACAAAUCUCGAAGCCCUUGGAACGGCGAUUCUCAAAGACCGGGUCUUGCAAUACUACCACCAACGAGCCGGCGUCGGGUUGCGACUGGAUAAGAUUAUGAAGAUGGACGAGGAUGCUAAAAUUUCAAACGAUGCGCUUGCUCAUAUAUCCACCGAGCAGAUGAACUACCUCUUGGAUCUGAAGCAAAAACAUGCAAACUUCAUAGAAGCAAAAGCAGCUCGUAACCAGGCAGAAGAGACCACUGAUCAAGGAAGGACAAUAUUGGUUUUCACAAUCGUGACUAUUGUAUUUGCUCCCUUGUCAUUCCUCUGUUCCUUCUUUGCACUCAAUAUCAGCGCAUUCCCUCAUGCUGGCGACAAUGUCAGCUUUCCAGACAGCUGGAUAUACUGGCGAGUCUAUGGAAUCUCAGCUGCGAUAUUUGUGCCAUUGAUUGUUUGCACCCUGGGAUAUGGCAGAAUGAAAAAUCUGUGGAGUUCGUCCUUGAAGCCGCUUUUCCAUGUAGACUGGAGCAACAAGCGCCCGGAUCCUCAGAACGAUGGGGCCAGGCUCAAUGAAACACUACGUCGGAUCACUAGCCGAUCAUCUAGGGCGCCUGCAGCCUCCUCUUCGGGGAGAACCCGGACGACUGAUGUCGAGUCGGGACAAUCUUGA